CUAAACUUGAGAAAAAAAGAUAUUUCCUCUUUGGAAUGCUGUGUGGACUCUCCUUAUUCAAUUUAAAUGUUGCUAACCUUCCUUUCCCAUUGGCUCUGUAUAAAAAACUUCUGGACCAAAAGCCAUCGUUGGAAGAUUUAAAAGAACUCAGUCCUCAGUUGGGGAAGAGUUUGCAAGAAGUUCUAAAUGAUGAUGCUGAUGACAUUGGAGAUGCGCUCUGCAUACACUUUUCUAUACAUUGGGACCAAAAUGAUGUUGACUUAAUUCCAAAUGGGAUCUCCAUACCUGUGGACCAAACCAACAAGAAAGACUAUGUUUCUAAGUAUAUUGAUUACAUUUUCAACAUCUCUGUAAAAGCAGUUUAUGAGGAAUUUCAGAGAGGAUUUUAUAGAGUCUGUGAGAAGGAGAUACUUAGACAUUUCUACCCCGAGGAACUAAUGACAGCAAUCAUUGGAAAUACUGAUUAUGACUGGAAACAAUUUGAACAGAAUUCAAAGUAUGAGCAAGGAUACCAAAAAUCACAUCCUACUAUACGGUUGUUUUGGAAGGCUUUCCACAAACUAACCUUGGAUGAAAAGAAAAAAUUCCUUUACACGAGGAAAACGAGGUUUGGAGCAUUUAGUAGCUUGCCCAUGUUCAGACAGCUGUGUUUCUUACAGGACGUGAUAGGCUGCAUGCAAGAGGCAUACAGAAAAUGGAAAUAGUAUUUCGCUGUCCUCAAACUUUCAGUGAAAGAGAUCACCCAACAUCAAUAACGUGUCAUUAUAUCCUCUACCUCCCUAAGUAUUCUACAAUGGAAAGAAUGGAGGAAGCACUUCAAGUAGCCAUCAACAACAAUA